CACGGGAGUUGUAGUGCCACGACGAUCUACGUCUACGACUGCCGCGUAGCCUUCUGGGAAAGCCUUCUCUUUCCGCGAGAUGCUCUUGGGAGAUGUAGUUCCAUUCGCUUGUGCUGCUGCUGCGCUUCCCAGUCUUCUUUGCUCUUUGGGUUGGCUGGUUGGUUGGUUGCCGGGCCGGUAGCCAUGCUGGCGAGCAGGGGCGGGAAGCCUCGCGAAGCCGCGAAUCCAGCUGGUGGGGGUGGGGCUGAAUCGGUGACAGAGCGGGUCCUACGGGAAGCUCACCUGCUCUAUGUACAUCCAGGCCAUGGUCUGGUGUCAAUUGGAGCACGCCUGGGCCUGGCCCUACUCCCACCACGCCGCAAAGUGACUGUCAUGGUGAUGGGCAACCACAGUGCUGGCAAGAGCAGCUUCAUCAACUGGUAUGUAGAAGAGCACAUUCAACGAACUGGCGUUGCUAUUGAGACUCAGGGCUUCACUUUCAUUACCAGUGGAAGGAAGCGAGAAUCCCUCACGGGAAAUGCUACACUUCAUUUGUACCCCCAUUUCCAGGCCUUGCAGAGCUUCAAAGGGGUGCCAGAGUACCUAAGCACUGAGAUAUGUACCUCCAAGCAGAAACAGUUCCCUCUGAUCACCUUCCUUGAUACACCAGGAUUGGUAGACGGCGACAUGAAAUACCCCUUCGACGUGGAAGGGGCACUUAUCUGGUUUGGCCAGCUCUGCGACCUCAUCUUGGUCUUCUUUGAUCCCAUGGGACAGGCCCUUUGCAAACGCACCCUCAACAUCGUAGAGAAUCUCAACGAGGGGCAUGGAGACAAAUUGCACUUCUACCUCAGCAAGGCUGAUGAGGCGGGUGCGGAGGGUGACAGACAGAGGGUGCUGAUGCAAAUCGUCCAGGAACUCUGCAAGCGUCCAGGACUUAACAAGUGUGGGUUUGACAUGCCCACAAUCUACCUCCCCAACUCCAAUAAGCCAAGCCGCUGUGUUAAUCAGAUUGAGGAGAUCUGCCGCACUAUCGAGAAGACGAUCAGUCAGACAGUUCAGCACACUCUCAAUGCCCUGGAGCGGGACUGCCACCUCAUUAAUGAGGCCACACAACACCUGCUAGAGGAGGACAGUGAGGCCAGGAGCAGCAACUUCCGUGCUCGCUUCCGGGGGACGCUACUGGGGAUUGCCGGCUGCCUGCUGCCCAUCUUUCUUCUCUUGACUUUGCUUUUUGGUACUGCUUUUGCUCACCAGUUCUGGACUCUGCUGUUGGGAGAGGAGCAAAGCCAAGCACUGGAGCUGUAUGUGCGCCCCGUUGCCUCAGUCUGGAGUCUUGUCCCUGAAGACCAGACUUUAACAGUAUUCUUUGGACUUCUCUGCCUCUCCAUUCUCUUCCUGCUCUUGGCCAGCUAUACCUUCAAGACAAAACCCACUUUAUCAAAAAAACAGAAGCGACAACUGGAAGACCGACGGGACUACGUGUUGGAAGUCGUGCUGGAAAAAAAGGUUGCCAUCUAUGGGGAGAUGGGAUUAUGGUGCAGGGCUUGGUGUCUGCGCCAAAGGAUCAUGGGUAGCACAAGUGUGGUGCUUGGUCCCGUUGUGGGAUUCUAGAGACAGCUCUAUGAGCAGUACCUACUCCAGAGCAUCGGUGAGCAGGACCUGAGCUGAAACUCCUACCCAGUGUAUUCUGAGAGACGACCAGUUCCCCUGUCUACACGCCCAUUAAAAUCCUUCCUGUCUAAGUUGCUCCAGAGAGAGAUAGUGAUAAAGACUGUGAAUUUUCUACAAGGCCAGCUCUUCACCCAGCUUCAAUGCCUUCUCAGCUGGUUCCUCUUCCACAUAAAACAACUCUUUGUAUAUGACUGGGUUACAGCGGCAACCUGUGAUAUUAUGUACAGUGAUUAACCAUAGCACUGAUGCCAUGCAUCUAAAAAGACAGUGAUGUACUCAUUAUGUUUUCUGUACAUCUGCUCCUCCUCCCUCUUGACUGGAUGGUGCUUCCGGCCUUCUGUUACCUCUGUCCUGCUGAGGGGACAACAGCAACACAGCCCUCUGUGCAUCUGGCUGGAAUGUAGGAUUCCCCCUAUCUUAUGAUGAUUGCAUUGCCAUGCAUGGAAAUCGUUAGCUGGCAACACUACAGGCCAGUAAUACUCUUUACUGGCAACUGUCAUGCAGGCCAUGGGCAUCUUCUUCAAUAAGAAAAAAGCACAUGCCCUCAGGACCCUAACUGGUACUCCUUUUCUUUGGAGAUGCCUCAUCUCUACAGCACAGCCUCACUCCUUACAGUCCGUGUAAUGACAAGUCCCUGACUGGCUAUCCCUUGGCCUAUCCAAUGGGAAAGGCACUAUCAAGCUGGAUGCCUUUUGUUUUUCAACUGUGAAGUCUGAUGUCUUCAUCUGUUAUUUAGAGGGCAGUACCUCAUAUUUCUAAACCUCUCUGGAUGUUGUAUAAAGGCACGUAGCUGCCUGUAUUUUUUGCCACAUCCUAACAAGUGCCUUCUGCUGACACUAGCUCUUUGGUGAUACCACUGUUCCCUCUCGCAUUCCAUUUACAGCCCUGCCUAUGCUGAUACUUAACACUGUGAAAUCUACCAGUAUUUAAGGUUUUCUAUAAGCUAUAAUUUACCCAGCAUCCUUUGCAGUGUGCUGGAGAUCUCCUCCCACCCCCCAGAGGCAGGAAGUACUUUUAUGGUGGCAAGAGGGCUGACUUAGGGAAAUCUGAACUCAUUUGGUUUGUCCUCACUAUUCGUUUUGGAGCACCUCCACCCUAAUCUCAGUAUUUGUGCCUCAGUGAUGGGAAAUGUCUGAUUAUCAUGAAGCCGUCUGCGAUAUUCCACAUAAUAGGGCAAGUGACAUAAAUAAUCAUUACUGAUCACGCUUUUAGGAACAGGAACAGUUCUUGUGUGAAGGUGAGCCAUUUUUUCCAAUCCUUUGCCUUAAGAAGUAUCUGACUCAGGAAGAACCCAUACAGAUGGGAUGAGGCUGAUGUAAUGUGAGUUUCUAAACAGCCCUUCUAACUCCAAAGUGUUACAUUGGGUUGUCGCUCCUCAAGGCCGAUCUCCAAAUUAGAUUGAAGUUUGGAUGCUCUGACAGAAUUGUCAGCAAUGAUUUCUUUCACUGUAUUUCUUCCCUGCCGCAUAUCGCCUUGGGGGCAGGAAAUGCUACAUCUGCCAACCACAGGCUCCUGGUUUGGCAGAUACUGAUUCAGGAAGUGAGAGGAACCAGAACUGAUGGAGAUGUGUCGCUGCUGUGGCUAGUCAGCUCACUUCACUUCUGCGCCUCUCAAACAAAACCCAUUUAAGAUGAAUCGCCUCUUAAAUGUUGAUAUAUUGGUGACCAUUUAGUGGGUGAGUGUAGUAGUGGUAUGAUAGCCUGACCUCAGUCUAAGGCACAUGUUUUUUAGAAAUAAUUUUUAAGGUCCCCUGGUGUGCCCCCCUCCCCCGCUUCAACUUGGCUACCACAGACGACUGCAGCAUUGCCCCUUUCUGAGGCUUCAAGAAAACUGGCCUGAAAGGCCUCUCUUUCUACAAUGUGUCCCAGGAAGUGCUGCUGGGAACCAGGGCGGUGGUGGGGAUGUUGUAGCAUUUAAUAAAGCUCACUGUAGAACCUG